UUCUGAUGGCGUCCUAAACAACAAGUUGGUGGAAUCAUGCCCAAACCACCAUCAGGCACAACACAAGUCAGAGAAACCAUUGAACUACUGUCGACCAUUUUAGUGGAGAAUGGGACAUCCUUGGUUCAUGCAGAACAUUUUAGAUUGGCAAAAUUUGAUAAAAACGACGCAGUUCCUGUAUUGUGGAGACUCUUGUUUGAACUGUUGUAUUUCUGUCAGUUUGGUGGAAUUGAUCUUGCUGCAAUACAAGCACGCAGUUACUUAUCCACAGAGGAACGAUGUGUGUACGUAAAGCGAGGUUUACAAGAGAGGGGAUAUUUGUCCAGAGUGUUUGCCAGUCUACCCAAUGAUGCAUCUGCUGGAAGCCGAGAACUGCUGUUGGCAUUUGCCUGGCUGUUUUGUACAGAAGAUAUUACUGAUAAGUUCAUGAACAAAUGCACAUCUCCAUUAGAAGAAGAUGUCCACUUCUUGCACCAAGACCAAUUGUCGAGUAUUGAGAGUUCUGUGGCAAAGCCAUCAGUACAGAGAUCCAUCAGCGAUCCUGGCUCAUCCGUAAGGAAUCUGCUGAUGCUUAACGGGAAACUGCGUUUAAAUCUGCGACGAUUGUAUGCACUGCAGCAGGAGGAGGCUAGGCUUACCUACAAGGUUCACAAUGCGACGAGUGGAGUGUCAUUGUCUCCUGAGUUAAAUCAUUUAACUUUAACUGAAGUUCAUCUGUUGAGACACCCAGAAAAAUUAAAGAAGAUGCUCUUCCUUUUGGAGAAGGACAACGAACGGCUUGAGCACUUACUGUCUUGGAAAGAACAGGAAGAUGUGUUUUGGACAUGGAUGGACAGUGUACUUCAACUGAAGAAGAAAGAGGCGACCAAUGCACCCAGUGUUGACAAGUCAGAUGAGACCUCACUUGUGUACCUCACUGUGAUGCCGUCUAUUAAACAAGAUAUUCAACACUGCAGACAACAGCUUAUUGAUGCCAUCUUGAGUUACGAGUCCAUAAUAGAAGGGCUAGAGGAUCUCUGGCAUUCAAAGAAAUUUGAAGUAUCUUCAUUAGAACUAGACAACCUGUUGACAUUGAUAAACAUGGAGAUUUCUUUACAAAAAGCCAACCUCAUUAUGAUCAAACCCAGAAGCUCGUCUUGUACGAAGAGAUUACCAAAAUUCAUUUUACAGAAACCGUGCAACAAGACGAAACGAUCAAACCUGUCUCGUGAAAGAGGUGACCCUGGCUUGUCUCCACCUACAGACAUCCAGUCAUAUACUGCUGAGCUUCAUAAUCAGAUCUCCAAACUGGAGUCAGAAAUAUCAAAGAUGCAGUCGGACUGCAGACUGGAACUGGACUUGCUAGCCCAGAAGAUCCCCUCGGCAGUUUGUAUCCAGCCACUAGCAUUGCAGAAAAGACUUGCAAGAUAAUGCUGAACGUGAACUCAUCAGUCAGACUGCUACUUUGCCAGUCAUUUUUGACAUGAUUUCAAAAGUAACUUAACCUCAUUACCAUACACAUAUGGUUUAUUUACUAGAGACAUUGCAACAAAACCAACACCAAAUAGUGAUAUUUGUAUUGUUAAUGAGGAGAUACUGGUAUUUAUUUACCUACUAGAUAACAUAUGUAAAACUGUGUUUGGAGGGUGUGACAUAUUAUUGAGUUCCUUCCCUUGGUAACAGAUAAGUAACAUUCUUUAUUGUGGUCAGUUAUUGCAGAACUUGCUUCUUGUUGAUAUUAUUCAGACCUUGCCAUAACAAAAAACUGAGAGAAGUAAUUAAUUGCUCCUCAAACAUAGAUUAUGAGGUGUUCAUUUAUGCUAUUUAACAUGUUAAUACAUGUACGAUAUAAAUUCAUGUGCUAAGGGGAGCUAAAAUUACUCUUUGAACUAUCUCGGGGGAGUGUGGGGAGUGAGAGUGACAGCUCCCCUUAAACAUUGAUGUCUGGUUAUGCAUUUAUUGAUGGCUGUUAAUGUUGUAGACCGGGGCAUCUCAACCUUUGACUUGCAACCAGUUUGUCAGGAACUCACCAACACUAAAAUGGCCACUCGUUAUAAGUUCCCUUUGUCUUGACCUGCUAAUAUAAAAGAUACAAGCAUGAAGUGAACAUGCUUGCCAUGGAAAUCCUGUUUUGUAUUUAGCGAUUGAUUUUGCAAAAAAGACCUGCAAGAUAUGAAACCUCAUUAUAUGACCUGACCGUUGAUUAGAUCUUUUUCAAGAUUUAUUUUUCUAUUAAUUUAACACAAAAAUUGUUUUGACUCGACUUAAUAGACUUGGAGAGUUGGGCUUAUGUAAUGGAAUACACUGUCCAACAGCCCAUUUAUUAUUGGGGACCAGAGAUCAUCUUCUGACUUUAGGUGUCAUGUGUGAUAGGAUUGAUGAAGGAAUUCAAAUUUUCAGUUUAAAUUUUUUAAACAUUUAAUAAUAAAUUUAAACAUCAUAUCAAGUUUCAGAACAAUUCAAUCAAAACAGCAAAAGAAAAUAUAUAGAUUUCAAAGGAAAAGUUGAGGGACAGACACUGAACAAACCAGUAUUAGAAAAGCUCCCCAGACGUAUGUCACAACGGAGCUAAAAAUUAAUAAACAGAUUUUGCUCAUCGCCUAUUUACAAAGGAGAUAGUUUAUCAACAAGACUGAAAAAAGUAUCUGGCAAGUUUAGUAAAGUAACUGGUUAAUUUUGCUGUCUACCAGCUCUUUACUAGGAACACUGGCAUGGUAACUGUGAAACAUGCUCUUGCUCACAGCCACCAAACUCUUUACCGAAAACAAGCAUGGGAUGUUUUAAAUAUAAUAACCCAUCCACCCACCACAGACCAGACAGCACAUUUUAUGGUCUUUGUAGAGAAGUCUAGACUUGAAAAUAACCUAGUCUAUCUUCUAGAGUUUAAAUCAAAUAGUUCUGAAAUUUGGUACUAUGAUUCUUUGGGACAGUCUUCACAAACUAAAAUAAAAAGAUAUUUUAGGGAAAACAUUUUUAAAUUAAAUUUUAUAAAUUCAAAUAAAAAUUUAACAUUGAACAUUUUCAAAGUCUAUCUACUCUUAAAGUUUUAAAUUUAAAAGAUUUAUAUUGGAAUUGAAAAUUUGAAAGCCUAUUUUAUCAUAGAGUUAUGGUCGGACAGUUGGUCUUUACAAAUUAAUGAAUGGUCUACUACUGACUUGAAUAGUGGAGCUCUAUAAGCCAAUUGGACCAGCCUCGGUGGCGUCGUGGCAGGCCAUCGGUCUACAGGCUGGUAGGUACUGGGUUCGGAUCCCAGUCGCGGCAUGGGAUUUUUAAUCCAGAUACUGACUCCAAACCCUGAGUGAGUGCUCC